AUGGUCCUUAUUUGUGAAGUUCCGCUGUAGGAGAUAAGAUGAGCAGCUCCUUUGUUCCUAAGGCUUUGCCUUGUCUUCCUCGCAAAGUUGAGAAACCACAUAACAGAAGUUACUCUUCUUUUAAGAUAGAGGCAUCAAAAUUAGGCAUCAAUUUGAAGGCUAUUCAAAUUCAAAGCAAUUCAAAAUCCUCAUUGGCUAUUCAAAUUGGAACACUAGUUUUAUCCACUGUAUGUAGUGCUGAACCGGUAUUGGCAGUGACAGGAGUAAAUAAUGAAGAAGACUUGGUUUCGGUGUUGAUCCAAUUAGCCAUUUCUGCAUUCUUCUACUUCCUUGUUUGCCCACCCAUCAUAAUGAGCUGGCUUAGGAAAAGGUGGUACAAGAGGGACCUAUUGGAGAUGUAUUUGCAGUUCAUGUUUGUCUUCAUUUUCUUUCCCGGGAUUCUUCUAUGGGCACCAUUUUUGAACUUCAGAAAGUUGCCAAGAGAUCCAUCAAUGAAGUACCCAUGGUCUACGCCACAAAAUCCUUCUCAGAUUAAGAAUAACUACAAAAGAUAUCCAUGGGCUACUGAAGAAGACUAUGAAGUACUGUAAAUAUAUCAAGUUACUUUGUAUGAUAUAUGCUUAUUUAUUAUUGCAUUGUAAUACAUUGUACUAUCCAUGCAACAAGUGCACAAGAAAAAGAUAGUUAUGUAAAGAUGAUGUGAUCCUACAAGAAAUGAUUAAUUUAACUUUUGUUAGGUUGUCUA